UGUCUCUUAUUUUAAGCGUAUUUCUACCAGGUCCCGUGUGCAGGUCAGCAGUAUUUCAGUUAACUCUUGUUAGUCUCUCAUAGUUUAAUAGUUUAUUUAAGUGCAUAGACGUCACUCGGUUAACACGAUGGCCCAUUACGAAGAAGUCAAUGUGCGGGGGUAUGACGAGUUCUGUAAGGCUGUGUCUGGAAGAGCAGGAAAGGAUAUUUUUGCUUAUUUCUCUGGUGAUAAAGACGCCCAAGGAGCGAGCUGGUGUCCAGACUGUGUAAAAGCCGAGCCAAUUGUAAGAGGAGAGAUGUCUCAUCUUCCUGAGGGCUCUGUUUUUAUCUACUGCCAAGUUGGAGAAAGAGCCUAUUGGAAGGAUCCUAGUAAUGACUUCAAGAAGACACUGAAGCUGAGUGGAGUUCCCACUCUGCUGCGAUAUGGAACGCCUCAGAAGUUGGUGGAGGAGGAAUGCUUCAAAGCUGACCUUGUGAAGAUGAUGUUCACUGAGGACUGAGAGAUCCUGCCUCCUCCACAUCGGUCAUGAUCAUUCAAGAUUCCUUAACCAGUCAAUGUAAUCACCAUUCAGUUUCAACACUAUUGAUAACCAUACUGUACAUCCGAGGUACAUUUCUUAAUGUAGUUUAAAUCAUAUCAGCUACUGCGUAAGUUUACAACCAUACUAACAGUUCUUCUUUGUGAGGUUUGUGACACAGCUGUUCAAUUUAACUAGUGCUGGAUAAUCUGCAGACAAUCUCAUAGAAUAAAUGUGAUUCAUGCUGCUUACUCUUGUUGCUCUAUAUGUGCUAUCACUUAAUUCUGUGUUAUCAUUUGAGUUUGAUACAUUUCUUUGAAUUAUAUCUAAUUAUUACACAAUUAUUUUUAUUGUGGCACUUUUUAUGUGAUUUGUGUUUCCUUGCAGUGGAGCUCAAAUAAAAUGAUACUUGAUGAUGAAAACA